CUCCCUAAGACGAGCCUCCUCGACGCCCCCUCCUCCUUCGGGACUCCUCCGAGCACAAUGCACUGAUGUCCGCACGUUCGCUAAAAGGAUGAUUUCUGUCGUCUCCACUGUGGAGAGUGUUCCCAGAGGUACGGGCACCCCGGCUCCGAGCCUUUACCAGCGGAUCAGGAAGGUCUUGACGAGGGACCUGUUGGUGACCUUGGCCCUGGGUCAGGUCCUGUCCUUGUUAAUUUGUGCUAUAGGUCUGACGAGCAAGUACCUGGCGAAUGACUUCCACGCUAACACACCAGUCUUUCAGACCUUCCUCAACUACAUCCUGCUGUUUCUGGUCUACACCACCACGCUGGCAGUCAGGCAAGGGGAAGGGAACUUACUGGCCAUCCUAAAGCAGCGCUGGUGGAAAUACAUGAUUCUGAGUGUGAUUGACAUUGAGGCCAACUAUUUGGUCCUUAGGGCUUACCAGUACACUACACUGUCCAGUGUACAGCUCUUAGACUGUUUUGUCAUCCCAGUGGUCCUGCUGCUGUCCUGGUUCUUUCUCUUAGUGAGGUACAAGGCUGUCCAUUUUGUCGGGACAGGUCUGUGUUUGCUUGGCAUUGGCUGCAUGGUAGGAGCUGACGUCCUCCUUGGUCGGCAGCAAGGCCUUGGAGAGCAGAAGCUAUUUGGGGAUCUGCUGGUUCUGGGAGGAGCUACUCUGUACGGAAUCUCCAAUGUAUGCGAAGAGUUUAUUGUGAAGAACUUGAGCCGUGUGGAAUUCCUAGGCAUGAUGGGACUCUUUGGAUCUUUCUUCAGUGGUAUCCAGUUGGCUAUCAUGGAACACAAGGAGCUGCUAAGAGUGUCCUGGGACUGGAAGAUAGGUCUUCUUUAUGUUGGUUUUAGUGCCUUCAUGUUUGGUCUAUACAGCUUUAUGCCUGUUGUGAUGAAGAGGACUAGUGCCACCUCAGUCAAUCUGUCUCUGCUCACAGCUGACCUUUAUAGUCUCUUCUGUGGCCUCUUUCUCUUUCACUACAAGUUCUCGGGCCUCUAUCUGUUGUCAUUCUUCAUCAUUAUCUUGGGCGUGGUUCUUUACUCCUCCUCAUCAACCUAUGUGGUCCAGGACCCACGAGUCUACAAGCAAUUCAGAAACAUAGGCAGCCAACCAUCAAGCGAACUGCCCCCAAUUAGUCCUAGAGUCCUGGAGCCCGCUGUCAUCUAUACCACCCUGAGCCCUGAGCAAGGGGAUGAGUUUCCUGUUCAAGUGGCCUAAGAUGAUCUGGGACAGACCUUAGUGGGUUAGCAUGAUAAAUCAGUAAGUCGGAUGUGACCCCCAAGUUCUCUAAGUUGUAUGCAAACAAAUAGUGCUGGACUGCCCAGUCUGGUGAGCAGGGUAGCUGGGGGAUCACCCAGGUAAGUCAAGGUAUUCAUUUCAUGGCCUGAAUGAAGGCAUGUUGCCAGUUCUCAAGUUAACACAAAUUCAUGUAGCCACAUAUUGUAUGUACUGAAAAAUGACAGACCAGAAUAUAAUUUAAAUGAAUAGCAAUGCGAGUGAAACUGUUGAGCUCACUGUGAUCAAAGACUGUGCGUAGACCAUAGUGACUGUAAAUGAUUACUCAUGUAAAGAGAUGGUAUUGUAAUUUUUAUGUAAUCACCUAUUUAUUUUAUUAUUUGCAAGAGGUUAUUGUAAGGAUAUGGAUAAUGGCCUGAAUUGCACAAUAUUGCUCUUACUCCAAAGAAAAACUGAUCAAUCAAAUUACAAAGACAAAUGCGCAGUGUAUGUAAUAAGAAUCCUCUGUAGCAUCAGAUUACUUAACGGGUUAGGAGAAGAAUAGGUUACUCUAACCCCCUGGUUUCCUCUCCUAAAUAAAAAGCAAAGACUGCCCUGUAUUAGUCAGAUGAGAGACAGAUUUCAAAGGGGUACUCUAGUGUUGUAGAAGAUAGAUGAUUAAUGCCAAAUAAUAUAACUUAAUUUCCAUUUGUUGAUGUUCUUCAUUCUGUUUCUCACCUCCAAAAAGGCUAAAAAAAUAAGGAGAAAGUACUAACCUAAUAUGAUGGGGUUUUUUUUGUAUUUGUAUAGCCCACAUAUGAUAGCUCAGUAGAAACAAUAAUUCUGGAUUAUUUAACAUUUUCAUAAUCUGUUGUGUUGCAUACUCUAUAAAACUGACCCACUAAUAUUAAAAUAAAUUGACUAUGGAGGCAUUUAAAAACAAAACCUUUUCUCUCAGGGUUUAAAAAAAUUUUUAAUAACCAAAUUACCACAAACCACAAAGUAAAGGUCCAGGGGCCAGACAGGCAACACAGAAUAUACAGUGCAAAAAGCAUUUGCCCCCUUACUGAUUUCUUUUUUUUCUUUUCUUUUUUGAAUAUUUGUACAAUAUAAAUGUUUCAGAUAAUUAAACAAAUUUUAAUAUUAGUCAAAGAUAAAUACUAUUUUUAAAUUUUUUUCAGUUGUUAAGAAAUAAAAUCUCUCCAAACCUACCUGGCCCUAUGUGAAAUAAUUAAACUGCUUUUGUCUCCCUUGGCACCAAGAACUAUUGCAAUAACUGGCAAUGAGUCUUUCACAUUGCCGUGGAGGAAUACAAGUGUGCCUGAGCAUGAGGGCAUGAACUGAUGGUUGGACAUUCUCCUUCAGGAUGUUCUGGUAGAGAGCAGAAUUCAUGAUACCAUCGCUGGGUCCUGAAGCAGCAAAGCAGCCCUGGACCAUAACGCUACAACCCCCAUGUCUGAUGUUCUUUUUAUGAAAAUACUGCGCUAGUUUUCCAGCAGAUGCAGUGGGAUUUAAAUUUCCAAAAAGUUCAACUUUUGUCUUGUCAGUCCAUAUAAUAUUUUACCAAAAGUCUUGGGAACAUAAAUAUGUUUUUUUUGGCAAAUGUGAGAUGAACCUUUGUGUGUAUUCCAUGGAUGCUGUUUUUUUGUCCAGUCUCUUUCCUAUUGUUGAAUCAUAAACUUUAACUGAGGCAACUGAGGCCUGCAGUUUUUUAUAUUCAACUUUUCUUUGUGUUUAUCAUAUGAUUAGAUUAGAUUCAACUCAUUGUCAUAGUGCGCACAAGGCACACAACGCAGCGCAGGGACAGGGGCUCGAACCUGCAACCACUUGCCACAACAAACUGUCUGGCUCUCUUUCUUGUCUGGUUCUAUGAAAUUAGAUUACAUUUUAUUUAUUUGUACAAUUCAUAACAAAAGUCACCUCAAAGUACUUCAUAUUGUAAGGUAAAGGCAUUACAAUAUUAGAAAGAAACCCCAACAAUCACAUAAGUCCAGUGAGUAAGCACUUGGCAACAGUGGGAAGGAAAAGCUUCCUUUUAACAAGAAGAGAUCUGACACAACCACGCUCAAGGUGAGGGGAAAGAGAAGUGAGCAGAGAGAGAAAAGAGUUCCAAUUAAUGAGAGAAGUAUUGUGUUUUAUAUAUAUAUAUUGUCCACCAGGUCUAAGAGCAUUAUUGGGCUUAAUGAAUUGUUUUUUGUUUUUUGUUUUUUUUUUGACUAUAUCAGUCCUUAUUCUGUUAAAAUAUCAUCUUGACUGACAGGAGAAGAAUUGCUUGCUUAGUGAUGAUGAGAAUGUGCU